GCAGCAGCGAUGUCUGCGGUUUCUUGCAGAGUCCUGCCGGACGCGGCGAGGCAAGAGCUGCCCGAGGCAUUGCGCCGACAUCCCGGCCGCAGCUGGGGGAGCCUCUUCGGGCAGAUAUUUUAGCAGCUGCCUUGGAGAGGGUGCUCCUCAGUUACCCUCUGGAAGUAGAGGAGGCGAGAGUGUCGGGACACUAUGGGAUUUCCCCGGUUUGGCGGCGGGAAGGAAGUCCUGGCUCCCAAAGGGGGCAAGGUUACGGUGCGGUGGAGCUGCGGGGAUGCUCUUGCUGUGCGAGGGUAACCCCGGCCCAGUCCCCGGCCCCACACGGCUCCUGACGGGCGGUACCCGCGGCUACUCACUCCGUUACAGCGAGCCCCGUCUGGCCGCCGCGCUGCCCAGCAUAUUGCGGCUAUCGAAUUCACCCCUGAUUUCGAUAAAAGCAUCCUGCCAGGCGCGCCGAUGUUUCGCUGCGCGGACAGCCUGCGGUCCGUGAGUAACUGCCUGUCCCGGGACACGCACUGUCCCGCCUGGGUCAGAGCUCUGCCCGCCCCGGCACACACAUUGUCCCGCCAAGUUUAGGCUGCACCUGCUGCACACCGCUUUGUUUUUCGACUUCUUGGUUUCCAUUUUUCUCCUCACCUUCACGCCUCCGGAAAUUAAUGUCUUCCUCUCCCAGUAAAACGAAAAUGGGGGUGGAUAGAGGUAGCAGUACUCCGGGAUGGGGCCAGGCGGCCGUCCCCGUCGCGCAGGACCGGUCCUGAGGUGCACGGUCCCUCUGCGCGUAGCCCCCGUGCCCACCUCCAGUGCCUGGCAGCGAGGUUGGAAUACCUGUUACAAAUAGCAAAUGAUGUCUUCCCCUACCUUGUCUCCCCCCCCACCCCCCACCCCCCCCCCCUUCGUGACAUUAUUCAGGGGGAUGAUCAUUACCUCAAUGGCCGAGGUGGGAGCCAAGUAGAAAGACGGUCAUCACGGAGGAGUGACAUUAUUAAAUAUCUCGCGUGUCUUCUUGGCCCGAGAUUCUGAUCUGUCCCUGCGGUGCUUCUCCCGCCGCCAACGCCACGGCUCUGCCCAAACGGCUGAGCCCGGGCCCCGCAUCCCGUCGGUUAUUGCUAAGAAACUCGCGCCAGCUGCGGACACGCUAACGCGGCUGAGGAGAAGAUGGGAAACAUCCAGCCAACUUAACGCCUGCUGUUUUCCCACCCAGUGGGAUCCAAUGAAAACAGAACGAUCUUGUAGGAAAUACCUGGAGCUUUUUGAUGGCCAGGGAAAUGCGAUUUUUCUGCCCUGAAAUGUGUUUGAGGCUGCCAGUUUCUUUUUAUUUUUUUCCCUUCCUCCUCCGUGUCGCUGCGGGUUACAGGACACUCUACGGAACGGAUUUUGCAAGCUGAGGACCGAGCAACAUUCGCCUUCCCCCCUACCUCCUGCCUACUCCCCCGACCUCGCCUCUCGCAUCUCAGCCCCUCGGCGGCCACCGUUUGCCCAGAAGCCGGUCUGCAAAGUGCUUUCUUGCGCGGGGCUUCUUGCUGGGAACCCACGUGUGCAGUCCCUGCCUGCAGGCUGCCUUACAACAUCCCGGCUCUUGUCUUGGGUUUCGGGCCCUCAGACCUAUUUGCAUCCCCUUCGCUGCCUCCUAGAGAAACUGUCCUUUUACUCCAAAAUGCAAGAAGCUCCGGAGAGCGGCAGCAGCGCCGGCGCCAGCAGCUCAUUCUCAAGCCACCCCGCGGCCAACAUCAAGGAAGAGGACUGCAGCCCCGAGAAGGAGCGACCUCCCGAGGCCGAGUAUCUCAGCUCCCGUUGCGUCCUCUUCACCUACUUCCAGGGGGACAUCAGCGCCGUGGUGGACGAGCACUUCAGCCGGGCUCUCAGCCAGCCCAGCAGCUUCUCUCUGGGCAGCGCCAAGGCAGCGCGGAACGCCGGCUCCUGGCGGGAUGGCUCCUUCCCAAUGAUCCAGCGCAGCUUCCCGCCGUCCUUCUGGAACAGCACAUACCAGCCCUCCUCGGUCACAGCCACCCUGAGCAGCCCCCUGGCAGCUGCUGCCCACAGUGAGCUGCCCUUUGCUGCCGCUGCCGACCCCUACGCACCUGCCUCUCUGCACGGCCACUUACACCAGGGUGGCCCUGAGCCCUGGCACCAUGCCCACCAUCACCACCACCACCAUCACCCUCCCUACAUCGGGACACAGAGCACUGCCUACCCCCGCCCUGCCGCUAUGCAUGAAGUCUAUGGACCCCACUUUGACCCCCGCUACAGCUCGCUCCUGGUGCCCACUGCCUCUGUCCGCCCCCACCGCCUCACCCCUGCCUCCGUGCCCACACCAGUCAGCCCACCCUGUGAACUGGGCAAGAGUGAGGUGGGUGCUGCUGCAGCCUGGACAACAUCGGGACCCUUCCCCAGCACAGCAGGGGACAUGGCACAGAGCCUCGGCCUCAAUGUGGAUGCAGCUCGCCGUUACUCCUUCUGUGGCGGAUCCCUUCUGAGCUGAUGUGCUGACUCAGAGACUCUCAGAUCUCCCUUUGCCCUUUCCCAAGCCCACCGUGGCCCUGCAGCUCGGGGAGACAACAGGACUUAAAAGGACCUGGCAUUGCAAGGACGGUACUUUAGACUUAUUUUGGAGAGGAAAAUCCUUCUGCUGCAAGAGGAGAGCCAAAGAUGUCGAACUUCUAUUUAAGCAGACCCGACACCCAGAACUGAAGUCAGACUACUCUAAAAGAGUCAGAUGACAUCACAGAUGGUGAUGCAAAGCCACUGCCCUUUGUACAGGGGGCAAAGGAAAUCAUGGGUUGUUUUUUUGUUGUUUGUUUUUAUUGGUUAUUUGGUUUUGUGGUUUUGUUUUUUUUUGUUUUUU